GUUAUUACGCGCGAAAGAUUGAAAAAACAUGGUGGAUUUCAUCUCUUUCUCUGAUCUGAGAAUAUUUUUGAAUGCAGGGGUGAACAUGUACAUGUACAAUGUUCAAGACUGAAUAUAUGAGAAUUGUUCGCUUACACGAUGGCAAAAAGCGAUGUUAAGAUCAGGAAGUUUUAUGGGGACAGUUCAAAGAGAUCAAACAGAAAUUGGGAACAGAAGAAGAUUAAGUUGGAAAGAUGUGCCAAUGACUUCAGCAGAAACCCUGUAAUACCCACAAGACAUCUAAGGAUAGAUGACCCUGUACCUAUAUUUGAAACCUUCCCUCGUCAACAAAUGGCCUUUGAUUAUCUUAAGACUUGUCAGCAAGAUGUUCAUGUCUUUGCUAGAGAAAAGGAUUGUGAUGGAAAACGUUUCUACAUUGUUGCCACUUUACCCCAGUUUUGGUUUAACUACACAAGGAAGUGUUCUCCUGAAAACAGAAAUUACUAUGAAGUUAUACCUGAAGGGGCUGCCUGUAGGCUGUACUUUGACUUGGAGUUCAAAAGUGACCUUAAUCCAGGGAAGGAUGGAGCCAAAAUGGUUGAAACUUUUAUAAAGUAUGUUUGUCACCAUCUGCAGGAUAUGUAUGACUUAACCUGCGGCAGAAAGUUUAUUAUAGAUUUGGAUUCAAGCACACCUACCAAGUUUUCAAGACAUCUUAUCUUCCACUUGCCUGGUGCUGUUUUUAAGGAUAAUAUCCAUGCUGGAAACUUUGUGCGACACAUUUGCGCAUUAUUAGAAAGGAGGCUUGGCCUUGGAUCUGAGAUGCCAAACAACAAGGACAUGUCAACACAUGUGGACUGUGAUACUGAUAAUCCACAUUCAACAUCCAAGGAUGAGCUGUCGAUGGAAAAUGUACUUGCUGAUGUUGGUGAAAGCACAGGAGAGAAAGAAGAUGAAAGCUUUGCUUCAGUUGGCCUCCAAGAAUUGCAAGAGCUUAUCAUCAAGGAUGGAAAAGGCGGUUUUGGGACAUUCUGUGACCAAGGAGUUUAUACCAAGAAUCGAAACUUUAGAAUUUUCAAAUCAACAAAGAUUGGGAGAAAUUCCCAUCUUCUACUAUCCAGCCAGAACACCUUUAAGGUAAAUGUGUGUAAGUACAAGAACAGUUGGCUGAAAGUAAGGAUUUUUUUGUUUUCAGCGAGUCCUCCGUCUUCCCAGAGUGGUUAUGAACACUCUCCAUAUCCUGAGAUUGACAAUUUUAUAUCACAAGUCAUUAACAAGGGUGGAGUGCAGGGUGAGGUCAGAAGAUGGGUCUUCUUUCCACAAGGGAAAUUGCUGACUUACGACAUUCUCAAGAACCGCUGGUGUGAGAACAUUGGGAGACCACACAAGAGCAACCAUAUAAUGAUGGUGGCAGAUUUGAGGCUUGGUGUAUACUACCAGAAGUGUCAUGACCCUGAUUGUAAAAACAUUGACUAUCGCUCUCCUGAUAAGCCCAUUCCGGAAAAUAUUAAUCCAUUGUCAAGUCCUCAGUUUGCGUCAGAUGAUUGUGAUGAUGAAGAGCUUUGCAAUUUUGCGGCUGAGUUUGAGGAUCGGGAGGGUAAUCACAGGAGCAGUGAUUCAUUUAACUCUGAAAUGCAAGAGAUUUUACAUACGAAUGGAGAAUAUACUUCAACAGGAAACAGAGAAACUACACAGUGUGACUUUGAUUGGGAUGAUGAAUGGAACAACGAACCAUUCCUUGAUGUUCAUGUUCCACAUGUCAGUGAUGCUAGUGAAGGUGCAGGUACACCUACCAAGAGUCUCCUGAAACAGGACAAGACGACGCAAGUAGAAGUUCGGCGGGAAAAUAAAGAAGGUACCAGAGAAAGUGUGGAACCAUUAGAAAAUGGCAACAGAGAACCUACGUGGAAUGGGGAAGAAAGAACUGCCACAACGAGCUUAUGUAAUCAAGUUAUUUGCAACUUGGUAAGUCAUCCCAGAGGGAAGGAUGAAUUAAAACCUUGCGAGCGCUGCGGGUUACUUUCACUUGAAAAAUGCUGCAGCUGUGCGGAGAACAACGAGCUGGUGGGCGCAUUAGAUGAAGACGUCUGCGACUGGUUGGAAGAGGAUUCAAUUAGUGAUCUAGAGUUGUCCUUUGCUGCCGAGGAAGUUGAAAGCACAACUUACCNUCGGCGGGAAAAUAAAGAAGGUACCAGAGAAAGUGUGGAACCAUUAGAAAAUGGCAACAGAGAACCUACAUGGGAUGGGGCAGAAAGAACUGCCACAACGAGCUUAUGUAAUCAAGUUAUUUGCAACUUGGCAAGUCAUCCCAGAGGGAAGGAUGAAUUAAAACCUUGCGAGAGCUGUGGGUUACUCUCACUUGAAAAAUGUUGCAGCUGUGAGAACAACGAGCUGGUGGGUGCAUUAGAUGAAGACGUCUGCGACUGGUUGGAAGAGGAUUCAAUUAGCGAUCUAGAGUUGUCCUUUGCUGCCGAGGAAGUUGAAAGCACAACUUACCAAUAAGCCUUCAACUGUAGAUAAACUUUUGUUUAACCCUUUGUGUUUUAAUCAGAAAAGGCGCUUGUUAAAAAAU